AUGACGCUCGGUUGCAUGCUUGCGUUCACUUUACUAGCUUGCAUUCUUGCGUACGCUGCACCCGCAGCUAGUGAGGUCGCUGGUGGAGGUGGUAACUGUACAUGUGGUUUCUACGAUACUGCCACAGGGUCACUCUUCACAGACUCUAUCAUCAUUUACUUCAACGAAACAGAUGGGCUGCCUUCAGAGUUCGUCGCCGAACAGUACAGCAACAAGUACGAGAAGGACUGGAACGCCAUCUACCGCCAGGGCUCCGAUCCUGCGAACCUUCAACUCAGCAACGAUUCUCUGAAGCUCCUUUUGAGGCCGCCGACCGAGGAUCACAUCGUUCAGGGAGCUGGCCUUCGCACGGCAAGACGUGAUAUUCAAUAUGGCUCCUUCCGCACGCUGAUCAAGUCACCAAGACGCACAUCUGCUGGCUCGGCAAUGUCGAUGAUGUGGCAGUACAACGAGACUGAAGUCACUGAGCUCAGCGUCAUGAACAUGAACGAUGCUUCUGAGGCUUGGAUCGGUACCUUUGUCAGUGGAGAGUUCACCACGCGCGACCUUGGCAUCAACUAUACAGAACUUCUCGAGGGCACAGCUGCAGAUCACAACUACACAACGUUGGAAGGGCGCCUUAGCAAUGGGAGUGUUAAUCCAUGGGACUUCACCGAGUAUCGCAUCGACUGGACAAGAGAUCAUAUCAGUUUCUACGUUGGAGGCAAUCUCACUCGACAGAUCUUGCACAAGGACAACAAGGGCAUGCCCUCAGUGCCUGCACCUGUGUAUCUCAAGCAUUGGUCUACCGGCAAUCGGUUCUCCAUGAGGGGCCCGCCAGGUCGGACCUCCGUUGCUGAGGUCGGCUGGACUCGAAUGUUCUUCAAUUCCUCGUCCAUGAACGAUAUUGCUCGCGACGACUUUACCGCUAGGUGCUCAGUCGCCGAGGCAUGCUCGAUGGAUGACGCCACUCUUCGUGGCUCCACAGCAUUUGCCGACACGGCCACCGAGAAGUGGCAACAAGAUCCUCACAAGAGUAUCAAGCGGAUGCCGGCGCUUUGGAUCUCCGUAGCUUGCCUUGCACUUUCGACCAUUCUCCUUGUGCACACUUUCAUUCGUCGCAUGACGCAGCUCAAGUCAUCGGGUCAUGGAGCCCCGCAGGCUGUAGCGCAGUCACCAACCACAUCUCAGGACGAGAAGAACGCUCCGCACGAGGUCACUGAUAUUUACUCAGAAGAUCCUGCAAAGAAAUCACCGGCACCAAGUCGACCAACAUCGUCAAAGUACGAGUCGAACGACUUGACCAUCGAGCAAAUUGGACCCAGCGGUGCCACAUGUACCAUUGGGUCUGCGACGCCGAUUGGAGGUUCUCGCGCAACUUCUGUGCGCUUUGACAGCCGUGCUACGACGCCGUAUGUACUGUCUCCAUUCAACAGCACUUUGGAACUUGGUAAGGAUGGGCUACCAACCUUGAGCGAGAUCAAUCUGUCCUCACCAUCCAGAAACGAAUUUUUGCCGUCUACGGUCAAAGGACACAAGGGCUACCUUAACAGCAUGGGCUCUGAGCAGACGAUUGCUCUGCCCUGUUGCUCACAACAGACUGCCGAAAAGAUACGGAUGGAGACGGUUACAGAGUCAGCUUUGCCAGCACCUCGCAUGAGAGCACAACCACCACCGCGCGAGCGUAUCGACUACCUGGCCGGCCUUGUUGCGUUGUGUGCCAUAGUUGUCACUGUAAUGCAUUUUGGUCUCACCUUCGUACCCGCCAUCGUUAUACCAGGCGCUCCACAACAUGCGAAGUCUGAGUACUGGGCACAGAAAAUCGUCGCACCGUUCAUUCUGAACCAAAUGUGGCUCGGUGUAUUCUUCACAACUUCCACUCGAUUCCUCACUGCUUCCUAUCUGAGAAAGGGCAAGCUCGAGGACAUCGCGAAGUCUGCUGUACGCCGAACACCACGACUCAUGAUUCCUGUUGCAACAAUUGCUCUAUUGGAGUACUUCCUCGUCGAUGUCGGCGCGACCAAGUACCUGCGCUACAUUCCGUCCCUGACUUGGUCAACUUGGCCCUACGUCACACGCUACGAGAACUUUGUUCAGUUCAUCUCCGAGAUUCUGGAACUCAUCUAUCUUGUCCCAAAUGCCGUUCCCCAGAUCACGUUUAAUUACUGCACAGGUGUGCUUUGGACAAUUGCAGUCCAGCUUCAAGGAACCUGGCUGGUGUUGCUCGGUGCAAUCAUCGUGCGAGAGAUGAAGACCACAUGGAAGCGUAUCGCAUUCUACAUCUUCUGCAUGCUGAACCACUGGUACGCACGAUCCUGGGGGACGUACCUGUGGCUCGGUUUACUACUCACUGAUCUCGACGUCACCUACAAGUACAAGAAGUAUCUGUACGCACGCCCAGGCACGUAUUACCCUAUUCUCACCUUCGCUUGGUUCUGCGUCGCGUUGGGCUUCGCAGUGAAUUUGCUACCGAACUGGAUGGAGUUCAACUUUGCGACUGCCGAACACGACAUCCACCCUGACGAAGCGACUGGUGAAGCGCUCUUGAACACGAAAAACGCAGGCUACCCACCUUACUAUACUCCUCGCCUGAAUGGUCUCCUCUUUGCAGGCGGCAUGCAGGCCAUUGUCGAGCUUUCAACCUGCAUCCAGUGGCUACUGUCCACCCCGCCCCUGCUCGUCCUCUUCCCUCACAUCUUCACUAUCUACCUUCUUCACGGUCUUGUCUUCUGGAGUUGGGGCAGCUGGCUCAUGGUCUUCCUUGCCGAACGCGGCUUCACAUACGGUAUCAACGUCGCCAUUGUCGGUGUCACAUCAUACGUGGUCCUUUUCUGCUCGCUUCCGAUUGUCACGCCUGUGAUCGAGGUGUUUGGCAAGGAUAUCACUGCAUUGGUAUGGAUGAACUCUCAGGAGAAGAGCCCACCUCGUCGUCGCACUCUCUUCCCCUUCCCAGAAGACCUGUUCCACGGACGCGAGGCCAACGGUGACGCAAAGGAGGACGUUGAGGCAAACAAUAGUAACAGGAGCUCGGGACUUCAGUGCAGCAGCGUGUCAAUCUUCUCUGGCAAGGACGGUGAGAAGGGUGACAUGUAUGGGGUCAGUACUGUGAUGAAUGAGGGAGGUUAG